AUGCCAACCUACCUCUGCCACGGCUUCCGCUGGCAGCGCCGCUCCAUCCGCGUCUACACCGUCGUGCAAGACCUCGACGACGUCUCGCCCGAGUGGCUAAUCCGACCCACCAGCUCGCGCUGUCUCCUACAGAGUUUUUACAACUUGUUUGAGUUUUUGCCUUAUUGCUCCCCGCAAGGUGGUGAGAGUUGGGAGGAUAGCGAGGAGAGUGACGAGGACGAGGGUGAGGACGGAGCAAGUGAUGAGGAGCAGGAUGGGAAGGGGAAGUUGAUAGGGGGUAGUAGUUGUGGUGAGGAUGGUGAGGAAAAAAGGGAUGAGAGGAGUCAGUGGCCCGAAAGGGUGGAAAGUCUCGGUAUACUUGGUGGCGGUUCGGGAGGGAAAGUAAGGGGAAAGGGCAAUGGGAAAAGCGUCGAAGGAAGGCACAAGGGUGACGAUGCCAGUUCAGCCAUCACCGCCAUCCAUGUGAGAGGCAGCAGUAGCAGCAGUAACGAGCCAACAAGUCGUACUGCCAGCCGCAGUCCUAGCCUGAAACUCCCGUUGCAGGGCUCACGAACCUCGUCAUCAAAGACUCGCCAAACCUCUACCACCGCAACCACCCUUACUACUACCACCACUAUUCCAUUCGCCCCGGUAUCGAGGAGCCCAAGCACCUUGGGGGUUUCUUCUUCUUUCGAUGGUGGACGAAAGAGCAAGAAAACGAGUCGAAGCAGGAGUUCCUCCCACAGUCCCAACCGCAAGAAAGAUGAACUGAGCGCCCAACGCUGGUCAGCAGUCAAAGUCAUCGAAGAAUACGACCCCAACAACCUCGACGAAGUCUCGCGGCCUUACGCCUACAUAUCCGAUCACGUCGUGCGCGUCGACGGGGCGGUCGAUAUCCUUGCGGAAGUGAGGCGGUAUGAAGAGCGGAUGCAGCAGGAACAGAAGCAGGGGCAAGGGCAGAAGCAGAAGCAGAAGCGUGGGGAGAAUGGAGAGGAGGGGGAAAAGGGAGGACAUGGACGCGAUUAUUCCAUUAUUAAUAACAAGAAGAAUCGUGAUAGCGCCGGGAGCGGAGGUACAGCAGCCGGUCGUUCUAAUGACGAGGAGUUUCAUGAUGCUCUUGAGCAUCCUGAGGAGGAGAAGGAACAGACUUGGAUUGAGCAGCUGAGAGAUGAACUUCAGCGCGGGGAGGAACUGCAAUGGUAUGUGGUCGUCAACGGGGACGAGGAGCGGAAUUACUCCAAUGACUCGGACGAAGAAGACGACGGCGUUUCGGACGAGGAUGAAAAUGAAGAUGAGGACUACACUGAGGAGGAAAUUUCGUCCAGAAGCAACUACAACUACAACUAUGGAACCUCCUACGGAACCGAAGACCAUCUCACGGCCUACUCGGAACUCUCAAACCACCAUUCAUCUCUCGCUGCACACCCACCAACCAUAAGCCGACCCUCCGUCUCCCACUCCGGAUCCAGGACUUCUUCCCGCGCCCGCGGCGGACAAUCGAAAUCCAGAAGCCAAAGCCGAAGUCAUUCGCGAAGUCAAACUCGCGGCGGACAGCACCGUAGCCGCAGCCGACAGAGACACAGCAAGAAGUCACGCAGACCAAAACCGACCAAAGAACAACGUCAACAUCAUGCGCAGCAGCCUAAUAGCAAACUCAACCUCAACCCCAACAUCAACAAUUCUAACAUCAACAACAACUCCAACUCCUACGUCGAUGGCUACGAACACAACCACAAGAAGAACAGCAACAAUGACCACAGCCAGGGGAUCACCACCGCCGCCGACGGCCAUGCGAAAUACGAAAGCGAUCAUUAA